UUCAUAUAGCAGAAUUAAUUCAGAGACGAUGAAAGUAUUACGUGAGAAGUGUGAAGUUUGUAAAAUAUUGACACGUUAACAAUAAAAUAAUACAUCUCUUUUAAUAUUUGUGAAUAUAAAAUAUUUAUUUAUAUCUUUUUAAGUUGAAAGGAAUGCUUCAUACAAAACUACAAUUGUAUAAUAACGAAUAUUGAGAAACGUCACUUCAUAUUGACAAAUCCCGAAAAUCUGCAUAUCAAAAUAUUUAUUGAAUUUUCAAAAUGGACAUGAACAGUAAGCUGCAUAAGGAGAACGAAGACCGAGUUGCUGAGGAAUACCUCUCAAGUUUAUCGGAUCUAACGUGCAACAGCAAGCCACUUAUAAACAUGCUUACUAUGUUAGCUGAAGAGAACAUUGAGUAUGCCUCAGUAAUUGUCAGAGUGGUUGAAGAUCAUAUUGCUAAGGUAGUACCAGAUAUUAAGUUGCCAAUACUGUAUCUAAUUGAUUCGAUUGUGAAAAAUGUGAAAAGCACAUAUGUCCAGCUCUUCAGUCAAUGUAUAGUAAAUAUAUUUUGUGGGGUAUUCGAAACAGUGAAUGAAAAGGUACGAGAACGAAUGUACGCAUUGCGUCAAACGUGGAAUGAAGUAUUUUCUGCACAGAAGUUAUACACAUUAGAUGUCAAAGUCAAACGUUUAGAUGUUAACUGGCCAAUAACUGCACAACAUUCGCAACCAGCAAUUCAUGUCAAUCCGAAUUUCUUAAAAACGGUAAAUGUAAAUCUUGCCCCUAAUCAAACUAUACAAGCAUUACCUACUGAUACUAGUAUGGAAGAAAUUUUACAUGCAAAAACAAGAAAAUUACUUGAAUUAAAAAAACAAAAAUUAGAAUUAGAACUUGAAGCAACAAAAAAACGUUUAGAAGAACAAGAAAAACAGUUGGGCACAGCUGAGAAUGUUUUGUCACCAGUUGAUACACAUAUAUUAGCUCCACCCUCAGUUAUGCCACAAAUAAUGCCAAAUAAUAUGGUUGCACCAAAUAUAGUGGCGCAUCACUCGCCAGCUAUAAGACCAAGUAUUUACCAGAAUACUUAUCGACAUUCUAGACCAAAUUUAAUACCCGGCUCAAAUAACUUACCAGCUCAGACUUAUCCUACUGGAAUUAAUAAUAUUGGCAAGCCAAAAGUACAUCCAGUGAAUCCGGCUUUAAUUAAUACCAUACGUCAUCGUGAUCCACGUUUGGCAAGACAAAAUCAACAAGGUCAACAAGGCUUACAACAGCAUGGUAAUAGAGGUAUACAAAUACAACCUCCAAGCAAUUAUUUGCAUCACAAUGAAGACUCUAAAAAUACAGAAAAAACUUCAUCAUACCGUAAGGAUAGUCAUAAAACACGAAGAACUAGUAGCGGCGGCUCCGGCUCUGAAAGUAAGUCACCAACUCGCCAUUCCUCAAGUCGUUCAGGUCGUACGUCCAGCAAAAGUUCAAGUUCCUCUAGUCGAGACAAAGAUCGUAAACGUUCUGACAAAAAUUCAUCUUCCAGUAGUGGAAGUGGCAGUUCCUCAGACCGUCGAAAAGAUGGAGGUUUUAGUAGUCGCGACAAACGUAUUGCAAAAUGUGAUAAAGAUGAAUUUGAUAUAACUUCUAAUUCUUCAACGCAUAAAAGAAAAUCAUCUUCACCAGCUUCCCCACCAGCAAAGAGUAAAGAGGUGAAACGGGAUCCUAGAAGUCGUAGUAAUUCCAAUAAAAAUCGUUCACCUAGUCCAAUAAGUGGACUAACUAAAGAUACUGAUUUACGUUCAAAUAAUGAUAAACGCAUUAAAUGUAACGCUGGGCAUACAGAAAAGGAGGAUAUUAAAUCAAGUAAUGCUGCUAAAGAUUUAGACAAAAGUAAGAAUAGUCUCUACUACUACACAAGUAUAACUUCACAUAUAUUAAGUAAAAAUAUAAAAGCAAUUUUUACACAUUUAAUACACUUUAUCCCCUUACCUCAUCCACCGAUGCCACCAUUACCAAAUCCAAACUUACAUUUACCGCAAAUGCCUUGGCAAAUGGGUACUGGAAUGCCAGUACCACCUUUUGGUAAUGCAAUACCACCAAUGAUGAUUUCAAAAGUUCCACCACCGCCACAACCUCCAGUUAGCUUUAAUAUUGCACCAGCUUCAGUGCAACAAUCGAAAAAGCCCUGCAAUUCGAUUGACAACCCACAAGAAAAUUUAGUUCGCACAAUUACGAUUGAUAGCUGUGCUAAAGAAAUACGUAUAUAUGAUGAAGUGGCAAUUGUUUUUAUGGAAAUGGAUCAGCCACGUGAAAUACGUUUUCAACCUGGUCAAAGAUCAAUUUCUAUAGACGAUGAAACGUUUGCAAUGCAUUUUAAUGAUGACUAUAAAGUAGUAACCAUUAAAGGUGAACCACAUAGAAUGAAAUUUGGCUUUCCUUCACGUGAACUCUAUAUUGAUGAUCAAUGGUAUGAAAUAUUCUUUGGUGGUUCUAUUAUACCAGUUCCAAUUGGUAAAAAUAUUCGACAUUUGCAAGCAGAGGGGCCACCACCUAAAGUAAAUAUUGGGCCAAUUCGUCGAGAUUUAGUUAUUGGUAAAAUUACCAUGAUUGUAGAUGCACAUAUAGUUAUUGGAAUAUUUAUUGAUGCUAAACUGCAGACUUUUAAUUUGGGAGAAAAACAGCAUACUAUACAAUUUGCAGAUAAUUUACUUACGGUACUGUUAGAUGGUGUUGCUGCAGACGUUGAAUUUGGUGGACUUCCUAAAAGUUAUGAACUUGGUGAUGAUAAGCAUUUCAUACGUUUUAGUGCUUUACCUGAAGAUGUUGAACCUGGAAAAAUAAAAAUCCAAAAUAUGAGAUAUGUUAACACAAAUCCCACUGAAACUAUUAGUGUAGAAACAAAUGAUUCCGAAAAUUUGGUUGAAACAACUGCAUCACCUAAUCAAAAUCAGUCCACAAUAACGCCACCAAAUACAACAACAGAAAGUAUUGAAGUUAAAAGUGAAGAAAACAUAUCUACGACAAAUGACGGAGUAGUGCCAACAAAUACUUCGGUUCCAAGCAUACCUACAGAUGUGCUAAGCAAAAUUAACAUCGAUGAAUUACUUCAAAAAUUAGUUUCAACAGGGCUUUUAACCAGUACGACAACUUCUUCAUCCACAAAUUCAACUCAAAAUUCAACAGUAAAGGAAGAACUUACGAAUCCUGAUGUUGUUGAGGAGCCUAUUGAAGUAAUUCGUCCUAUUGAUUUAGCAAAGCCAGAAACAAUUAAGUUGCGCCAGUCAGCUAUUGUGGCUACAUUAUUUUCAGGCAUGCAAUGCAGUAGUUGUGGUGUUCGAUUUCCGCCUGAACAAACAAUUAAGUAUAGUCAACACUUGGAUUGGCAUUUUAGACAAAAUAGAAGAGAACGAGACUCAACGAGAAAAGCACAUUCUCGUAAGUGGUAUUAUGAACUAAAUGAUUGGGCGCAGUAUGAAGAAAUUGAAGAUCUUGAAGAACGAGAAAAGAACUUUUUUGAGACACAACUGAAUGAAAUAGAUGCAAAUGAUGAUGUUUCCAAUCAACGUUCAAUAAAUUCGCCAGCGCCUAGUUGCCCAGCUGGAGCUAAUGAUGUUGAUCGCUGCUGUGAUAUGUGUCACGAGAAAUUUGAACAAUUUUAUAAUGAAGAACAUGAAGAAUGGCAUCUACGUUCAGCCAUAAGAGUCGAAGACAAAAUAUACCACCCACUUUGUUAUGAAGAUUAUAAGACUGCACUCAAUCCGCCAAAGGUAGAAGAAUUGAAAGAGGACUCUAAAAUUACAGAAGAAGAUGAUAACGCUGUCGAUAAUGUAAUUAAAAUUACAGUUGAUGAAGAAGCAGCAAAGUUGUCAGUAACCAUUGCAGAUGAUGAAGAGGAUGACGACGAUGAUGUUAUAGUAUUGCCAAACGAAGAGCCAUCAGUUACUGAAAUUGUCGAUGAUGACGAAGAAUAUGUACCAGCUAACGUAAGCAGAGAAGAAAUGGCCAUUUCUACAGAUAGUAAAAGCGAUGAUAAGUUUAUUGAAACUGUGGAAUCAGAUGUUGAAAUCGAAGAACCAAACAUACCUUUUACUGACUUGGACACAUACGUCGAGAAAGAACCAACUGAAUGCGACGAAACAUCGCAGUUAUCUUUUAUGAAUGUCAAAAUAAAAGAAGAACCAAAAGAUGAAGAAGAUGAUGAUGGUUUUGAAGAUGUUGGCACAGUCCUCAUCAGGCCAGAUGAAGAAAUAUCAGUACAAAGCAGUGAAGAAACACAAACACAAACAAUCGCUUCAACGGCAUCUCCUGCAACUGAACGAAGACCUUCAACUGAGUCUCUUACUUUAACUGGAAUAAUUGAACCAUUAGAGAACACAGCCUCUAUGGAUCUUAAUAUAUCUAUUGAUGGUAAUUUGGAGCCUGAUGUUGGACAUAAUCUUUCGAUAUCUGGUCCAACACCAGCAAUUCCACUUAGCAAUUUAGUUAAUAAGAUUAAAAUAAAUAUAACGAAAAAUACUGUUUCAACAAAUAGUAACGUUUCAGUUUCAUCAUCUAUUAUAACAACAUCUUCAUCAAGUACAUCUCAUAAUAAUAGUUCUAAUUUAAAUUCUGAAGUAAAUGAUGUAAAUAAAAAUAGUUUAAGCCAUGGUAACAUAAGUACUAUACAAACAAUAAAUACAAUUCCUGUUCUUUGUGGUGGUGGUGCAACAAUAAGCACAAUCGCUAGUGUUGUAUCUUCCAACCCCUCUAAAUCUGUUAAUGAAAGCUCAAAAAGUAGUAAUAACACAGCACUGACAAGUAAUACUAGUGACAACAGCACUGUCUUACGAUGCCCUCAGAGUAUGUCGCCAACGACUGCAUCUCAGAGAUCAUCGCCGCCAAUUGAAGAAACAAUUAAAUUUGAUUUCAAACCAGAAUUGCAGAAUGUAACACUGAAGAAGACUAAGAAAGUAGAAUGUGGUAUCGAAACCUCUGGAUUAUGUUCGAUUAUGUAAUAGAGUUUAGUUAGAAUUAUUUAUUACACCAUUAUUAGAUAUUUCGCUAAAAGAAAUAUGUUUAGUUAGGGUUUAUAAUUUAGAAUUAUAAGGUAAUUCACUUGUAAUAUAGUUUAACUUACUAAUUAUGGUAAAUUAAUUUAAUUUAGUUAAUAUUUUUAAGAUUGAUCGGCAGAAUUUGUGACAAGUUUUUUUUUG